AUGGGCACAGCAGCUCCAUUAGCAAUAGGCACUAGAGGCACGGUGGGAUCACUAGUUAGGAAGGAGAUCGAGUAUUUUCGAAGGCUCGAGUUAGAUCAUAGCGAAGCCUCUAAGAAACUCGAUGUAGGCAACACUAGUAGUGCAGCUAGUUUUCAAACUAGUCGAGCAAACACAGCUUCGUUGGGGUCAUUGUUGAGCAUGAGUUGGAGAACGAAGCGGAGCAAUAGCAGCAGUAGCAGCAACAAUGUUUUAGAAAACAAGAAGUUUGAUGGGUUUGGUCAUAAAAACCUUAAGGCUGAUACUAAUAUCUGA